ACAUGAAUGUACAAAUGCUUACUGUGCCGCACGUAGUUUUGUUCACGCCCAACAUUCCAUAUAACUUCUAGGUGAACUUCUACUUCAACGGAGCGUACUUAAGCAAAAAAUCUCUUACAAGAGAUUUCCAUUGGCUCUAAACUAAACUAUUGGCAUUUCUAUUGGAGAAUUUACUUUUCCUUCUGUCUACUUCGCCGCGCCGCCGUCAAGUUCGGUUGCGCGGUUUGCAAGUUGAUGUCAGUCUAGAAGAAGCCCGAGAAACUCCUCUCAUCUCAAAGCUAUGAGUGGUGGAUCAGAAGUAACGUUAGUUGUUGAAAUAGCAACAGAUGACAUGGAGUGCUGGUUUAACAGCUAACGUUAGGUCUGGUUAGCAAACUGUUCAAUGACCAGGUAAGUUAAGUUAGCCAACGUUAGACAGACACUUUAAGAUUGUUCAUUUCUUGAUUUAAAUAUUUUAUGGUCGACUAAAAAUGUCGUGACAUUGGGAAAGUAAGUCUGAUAUAAAGUAUUUGCUGGGUUGAACCCGGCAAAGUUGUUUGAAAAGCCAUGGUAAACUACAAGCAACAAGAUUGAGUGACAUUCUUGGCUCGUGUCAGCUUUGGUAGCUAGCAAUGCUAGGAUAUUCAGUUAGCCUUAGCAAGCUGUUCGGAGCCAUCUAGUCCUAGGCAGAUUGAUGGACUAUUUUGCCAGCCAAAUUAGCGGGCUAACUACGUUAUUGAACUUGGUUCGUAGUUAGUGGAGUUAAAGGAAACUGUUUUCAUGAACGCCUUGUGUAAAAAUGAGCCAACUGUGUGUUAAUGUCUGCCAAUGCCUGUUAGUCACGCUGAAGUUUGACAAAAGUCUUUACGAAGGGACCCUUUUUACUACUAGCUAGCUAAGUUACGUUUUCACGCAGAGCAACAGCAAGAUGAAAUGGCCGCGCUGGUGGAAAGUGACGGAGACUUCCUUCAAAAACGAAACAGAAAUACCGGACAGGACUCCCAGCAGCCAUCUCCCCUUGCUCUGUUAGCAGCUACCUGCAGUCGCAUGGAUGAGAAUGAUGCCACAUCUGACCAGCAAAACCAGCAGCAAAGUCAGCAGUUAGACCUCAGCCAGUCUCAGAUCACACACACUGCCAACGGCUGGCAAGUCGUCUCUGGCGUCAUGUCCGAGGAUCAGAAGAAUAGACUGGUGGUGUCCUCAGGAGCCACAGUACAGCAGCAGCAGCCUCAGCAUCAGUAUGUCAUGGCCCCGUCUGUGCAGGGCCAACAGGUGCUUACCACCCUCUCUGGUAUGAUGCCCAACAUCCAGUACCAAGUCAUACCCCAGUUUCAGACUGUGGAUGGCCAGCAGCUGCAGCUUGCUCAGACCCAGCAGGACCCUUCGGCGUUGGGGGCUGGCCAGUUUCAGCUGGUGUCCUCUCCCAAUGGUGGUCAGCAGCUCAUUGCCGCCACCAACAGACCUGGGGCUGCAGGUAACAUCCUCACUAUGCCGGGGCUCAUUCAGCAAGCUAUACCCCUCCAGAACCUGGGCCUGGGCAACUCGGUACUGCCCAAUCAGACACAGUUCCUGGCCAACAUGCCAUUGUCGCUUAACGGCAACAUUACCCUCCUGCCAGUAAGUACUGGAGUGUCCUCUACAGGCGGGGGAGAUGGGGGAGGUGGAGCCGGAGGCAGCAACCAGCAGUUGAUGCAGCAGCAACCCACAGUGUCGUCUGUCGGGUCAACAUACUAUACCACCUCCAGCACCACCACCUCUGCCCAGCCUACCAUCUCGUAUGGGAUAGCAACGCAGGCUCAGAGCACUAACACAGUAGUCACUGGAACCUUCCAGAAUGCAACAGGGGCUGUACCCAUCCAGCCUGAUAACAGAGAUGGUCAACAACAGCAGCAGCAGCAGCAACAACAACAACAACAACAGCCCCAGCAGCAGCAGAUCCUCAUCCAGCCCCAGCAGAUCCUCCAGGGAGCCCAGACGCUCCAGGCCAUCCAUCCAGGCACGAUGACAACAGCAGGGGGCCAGAUGUUUGCCACACCGACCAUCACUCAGGACGGCCUCCAGAACCUGCAGAUCCAGGCCAUCCCCAACAGUGGGCCCAUCCUGUUGCGCACGGUGGGGCCCAACGGCCAAGUCAGCUGGCAGACCAUCCAGCUCCAGAACCCGGGAGGGGCUCAGAUCACCCUGGCGCCCGUGCAGUCCAUCCCGCAGCUGGCACAGACGCAGACGGGCAACACGGUGCAGCUGCAGAGCCUGCAGGGCUUGCAGGGCCUGCAGACCAUUAACCUGAACCCACUGGGCAACACAGGGCUGCAGAUGCACCAGUUGCAAGGGGUUCCUAUCGCCAUCGCCAACACAGCAGGAGAGCAGAUUAUGCAGACUGCAACUGGCAACGACAGCAUGGAUGACGCGGCUCUGGAAGAGAGCCUGGAAACCAGCCCCACCCCCAACAGACGCACACGCCGAGAAGCCUGCACUUGUCCCUACUGCAAGGAUGGGGAGGGCCGCAGUAGCGACCCCACCAAGAAGAAGCAGCACAUCUGCCAUAUCCCUGGCUGCAACAAGGUCUACGGCAAGACGUCACACCUGCGCGCCCAUCUGCGCUGGCACACGGGAGAGAGGCCGUUUGUCUGCUCCUGGUCCUUCUGUGGCAAGCGCUUCACCCGCUCGGAUGAGCUGCAACGACACAAGCGCACCCACACUGGUGAGAAGAAGUUCUCCUGUCCAGAAUGUCCCAAGCGCUUCAUGCGCAGUGACCACCUCUCCAAGCACAUCAAGACCCACUUGAAUAAGAAGGGCGUCCCAGCAGGCGGCCAGCCCACGUCCGACUCCGCCUCUCCCGCCCCUGUCGCCUCGGACAACGGCGCGCAAGCCGACCAACCCACACUCAUCACCAUGGAGACUCUGUCGCCUGAGGGCAUCGCCAGGCUAGCGAGCAGCGGCAUUAACGUCAUGCAGGUGACGGACAUCCACUCGCUGAACAUGAACAGUAACGGCUACUGAGCCACAGGGGGGCGGGGCAACGGACCGAAUCAAGAGGGCAAAGGAGACAGAGCUGGGCAUGGAGGUGGGCAUGGAGGUGGGCGGGGUGGGUGGGUAGGUAGGAGGGAUUUUUCAGUAAGGAACGAUGUCUUGGAAUAGCAAUAGGCACAGGUGUUCUUGUAGAACCAUGCAAUGAUAUGGAUGAUGUCAGCAAGGGACAGACGGUCACAGUGGAAGUGAUUGGGCUCGGGAAGAGACUGCAACACACUUUUUUGCGUCAAGGGAAGAAAAUGCUUCUCCGUAGCACAAUGUUCUGACUCGCCAGAACUCCCAACACUUUGUAACUGGUGUUUGUGGGAAGGUGUGGUGCCCUUAAACACACAAACACACAGACAGACAGACAGACAGACAGACAGACAGACAGACAGACAGACAGACAGACAGACAGACAGACAGACAGACAGACAACGCCAGCCUCCAGAGUUGGCAGUGCUCUCCCUUUCUCUCUCAGGUUACGGCUGUCGACUGUCUGGGCGCGAUGUGUCCCGCUUGGACCGGGCCGCCAGCCCCAUGUCCAGUAUAUCUCUUGACCCCAGUGCAGCACUGCGAGGGCCUGUUUCUGAGAGUCCAGUCUGACCACUCUCACUGGAAGGCCAGUUUAUGCACCAGACAGAAGGAGAAUUAGGUCACUAGUGACUUCAGAAGCCCCAUUUUCAGGAGAACUAAUCUAUCUACGCAGGGUGGAAGGACACUAAAAUCCUUGUAGGGAUUAUAUGUAUGUUUUUUUUUUUUUUUUACAUGAAUGAUAGGUACACUCACAAGCCAUCAUGCUUUGAUAACUUAUCAUAGCAAAAAAUACUUUUGAUAGUGUUUUUGUACAUAAAUUAUAUUUUUUCUAAACUCUGAAGACUACAAAUUACCAUAGGAAGGAUCAACUUGUAUGAUCACCUGAAAUUGCCUUUUGUUGUGUGUUGUCUGUCUCAUACAAUCAGAUCUUAACCUUAAUUAUUAUCAUUUUUAUAUAAAUGUAGUUUUUUUUUCUUUCUGAGAAUACAUUUGUAAACUAAACAGAGUGUUCUAAAUAGAACUAUGUAUUGCAUUCAGUACAGUCCAGAUCUGCCUAACCCACUUUUACUUUGUAAUAAUGUAGAACCUCAUGAAGAGUUUCCAUUUCUGUGGUAAAAUGUAUUACUAUGUGUGUUUUCCUAACAUCAUCUUCACUCAAAUCACAAGAAUCAAAAGAGCACAAAGACAAACAUUUGUUUUUCUUAAGAAAUCUGUUCAGAUUUUUGUGACAUAUACAAACCAAAGGUCCGUUUUUCUAUCAGGUGGUAGAUGGAUUCUCAGGGGCAAGAAUUUGAACACCAUGACUUUCCUUAAUUUUCAAAGAAACCCACACCGAAAUCACCCGGACCUCUAUAGAGGGGACUGAGUGGCUUCCUGCUUCUAGUGAGUCAUCUUUAGUUCGUAUUUCAAACAGCUGCUUCACCGUGUCUGCUUCACCGACAUGCUCACCCUGAUAUAGAAUGUACCAUCAUGGAGUAGAACAAUAGCAACAAUUUGCUGAGACCUCAUUCUAUAUCGGUGCUAAGUGUCAAUGUUACAUCACCCUUGUCUGUGCCCGUAUUUUAUAUAUUUUUUUGCUUUUAUAUUUGCUACAGACAAGGAUGGGCCUUUUUUUUGUCCAGCCUAAAAUGCUGUCUUACACUGUGUGUCUACUAAAAUCACUUUUCAACACUAGCAGUGAAGGAGGACCAUGCGCGUUUUUCUAUCGUCAUGGCGAUUCAUCCCCAAGUAGUAAGGAGGUGCCUGUCAGCAUCACAUUAGUCAGUCAGAGCUUGAGAAACACUUCAAGGGCUACUAAGGUUCACUGUAAGGAGAUGUUUUUCUGUUGUCCAUCUUAUCUCUUCAUUUCUUUGUAUUUUUGUAUUGUGGUUGGUCUGUUUGCAGCUGGAAUACACUGUUCUUGGAUAGUUUGUAAAACAGUAAAAUCAGUGUUUUUGCUACAAGGGCAGUUCCCCCUCCCCCUCCCCAAAGGACAACCACGUGUAUGAACUUUUUUUAUGCAAGGGAUUUGGUUUUUGUACCUUGUGAAUAUUAUUGCUACAAAUGCCAAUGUCUGGAUUAAAAUAAUGAAUUCCAAGGGC